GCGCACCGGAAGUACUUCUCGCCCUCAGAAGUGCGCGGCCGGUGGGGAGGAGCGGACCCGGAAGUGUGGCGCGGCGGCAGCGAGAUGGGAUGCGAUGGCGGCACCAUCCCCAAGCGACACGAGCUGGUCAAGGGGCCCCGCAAAGUGGAGAAGGUUGACAAAAAUGCUGAAUUAGUGGCAAGGUGGUACUACUGUGCUCUGAGUCAAGAGAAGUUAUGUCGGCCAAUUGUAGCCUGUGAGCUAGGCAGGUUGUAUAAUAAAGAUGCCAUCAUUGAAUUUUUGUUGGAGAAGUCAGCUGAUAAGACUCCUAUGGAAGCUGCAUCACAUAUCAAGAGCAUUAAGAAUGUAACAGAACUAAACCUUGCAGAUAAUCCAGCUUGGAGUGGUGAUAAAGAGAGUAUAAAAGGUGACAAAUAUGAUGACAUCCAGUCUGCACGCUUUAUAUGCCCUGUGGUGGGAUUGGAAAUGAAUGGAAGACAUAGGUUUUGCUUCCUGAGAAACUGUGGUUGUGUGUUCUCUGAACGUGCUCUCAAAGAAAUUAAAUCAGAAGUUUGUCACAAGUGUGGUGUUCCCUUUCAAGAGGAAGAUGUGAUUGUCCUUAAUGGUAAUAAAGAAGAUGUGGAAGUAUUGAAGAAAAGGAUGGAGGAUAGAAGACUUAAAAGUAAAUUAGAAAAGAAAUCGAAGAAAUGUAAGUCAGCAGAAUCAGCUUCUCAGCAAGACACCACUGAAGAUUGUCCAGGUCCGUCGAAGGCUAAGAGUGGAAAGGAUUGUAUCAACUCCAGUUCUGGGGAAAAGAGGCAGAUUAUCUUCACCAAAAGUUCAGAUAAUGGAAAUUCAUCUGUACCCAUAAAAGUCAGUAAGGCUGCCUCUACUACUACGAAGAGAUCCAUUGCAGACAGUGAGGAGAAAUCAGAGGCAUACAAAUCUAUUUUUACAUCGCACAGCUCAGCAAAACGUUCAAAGGAAGAGUGUUCCAAUUGGAUUACUCACACGGCAUACUAUUUCUGAAACAAUGAUGAGCCUGAUUGUAACAUUCAUUACUGCUUUCCUUCCCUAAGGCUUCUUCUGUACAACUCUGAUACAGAACUUCUGUUGUAAUCUGAUGUUAUCUGGAAUUAUUCAGUUUAAGUUGUUUAUAAACUUACAAAUAACUAACGAACUUGUGUUAAGUACACUUCUGGUAAGUAAGAAAUAGAUCACCAGCA